AUGGCCCCACCUCCCAUGGCCAGGGCUUCACCCCCUCCAUCCUACGCCCCAGCGCCCGCCCGUGCCCCUCCGUCCGCCAUGGCAGCCCCAGCCGCCGCUGCUCCCCGGCAGCCAGGCAUGUUUGCGCAGAUGGCCACCACAGCCGCUGGGGUAGCUGUUGGCUCAGCUGCAGGGCACAUGAUCGGCCACGCAAUGACCGGAGGAAUGGGUGGGGGUGGAGGAAGCCAGGAGGCUCCCAAGCCUGAUGUUACCUACCAGGUAGGUGACCACAGCUUAAUCACAGUAGGUGACAGGGCCAUGAUAUUGAAUUGGCAUUGUGUCAUGUAGCCUAGUUAGUAGUGGUAGUGAUGAGAGUAUGAGCAAGACAGAGAGAGAGGAUAAGCCAUGGAGGAUUAUACCCUGUGCCAGUCCUUAAAGAAAGGGCAUCUAAACAGUUGAGAAUAACAUCAACACUAACCUCAAAUGCUUUAUUAUGUUUCUCAGGAGCAGCCCCAGCAGUACCAGCAGCAGUAUCAACAGCCACCUCCCAUGUACCAGCCAGCCCAGUAUCAGCAGCAGCCCCAGUCUAUGUUCCAGCAGGAGCCUGCCCCUCAGCAGGGAACCUGCUCCUACGAGCUCAAGCAGUUUAUUGAGUGUGCACAGACCCAGAGCGACCUGAAACUCUGUGAGGGCUUCAGCGAGGUGCUCAAGCAGUGCAAGUUCUCUAAUGGUGAGUUUAAAAGUGUGUGUAUGUGUGUUAAUACAAUCUUAGCUGUUACUGGAAAUAUUUGUGAAAAAGAGGGUGCUUUAUGUGUCCCUGAAAUUUUUAAAUAAUGAAUUUGUAUCAUGACUUGUAUGCAUUCAUUAGAUUUGAUCAGUUGACUUGUUGCCUAUCCCUUGACUUCCCUGGUGUCACCUUUUGGAAUAGGAUUAAGAUUAGGUUUUAUGGCAGCGAGUGUUCUUCAGUCUGGUUCCUGGAUAGUGUUCUGUAGGUGUGUGGCAUUCAUUCAAUUAGGUCUCCUGAGUCAACUGAGCUAAUUUGUUGAAAGCCCCACAAAGCGUAGCUCGGCCCACUUUAAAGUGGAACUGACAGAGUUUUAGCGACAUGAAAUCGUAUUAAAAUCUGUUCAUAUACACCCCCAGGAAGAAUGACUCCUUUUUUAUUAAUUUUUUUGCAUUUUCUGACAAGCGAGCACUUAGGUCAUUUUCAUAAAUUCAUAGAAUGUUUGGGAAUGACGUAGAGUAAAGGCAUUUGUCAAAAUUCUAUAGAAAUAAGAGUGGGAAAGCUGCCAUGCGUUUGGACAAUUUAAUAGACACUGCACUAAAUAAAACAUAAUAAAAACAUCUGUCUUGUCCAGGACUGGACUUUACGCAGACCGGUGCGCCAUAGCCAAUCAGAGCUACUAUAGUUCUAUAUGCAAAUAAGCCAUUUGCCACACGGGCCUGCCAUCAUUCACUUUUAACCUUACUGUGUGUUUACAGGCAGUAGCAACAGCGUAACUUUAUAUCAUUAGAACGCAUUAGCCAAAAGCUACAAAAUACACCUGAAUGGAUUUCUGCAAAUAUUUAAAUACCACGGGAGUCCUCUUACAUUUGGGAACUUUACAGUCCUAUUGAUCAAACAGCCAUGAAAAGGUAGGCUCUCUCUCCCUCAGUUGCCUAUGCACAUCAACAACAACAAGAUCAACAACUGUUAGCCAGAGCGAGAUUAGCAAAAAUGUAACGAGGGAACAGUAGAUAAACCACCCUCUCAAACUUUUUCAGCUUGUAGUUGGCCGUCAAAAAUUGCACUGAUAAACGAUGGGGAAUAGUAGCCUGCUCGCCCUUCUGCAACUUGCCUGCCAAUGCAUGCUUGUCCCAACCCACGUUUUGACAACUGAAUGGGAACUUGCCUGCCUGCCCAUUUGAUUGAUGCUAAAUACGUUUGAUUGACAACUAAGAGAUAUGGUAACUGUGGAUUACAGUUAAGUUCAGCAUAGGUAGCAAAGUGAUUCACAUCUUGCUAGCUAACCAAAUGACACCUGCAUAUCUAGCUGUAGCCACAGAAAAACGAUAUGGGGGGUAAAAAGUUGUCCACUCCUCCAAUGACAUAACAUCCUCCUAGCAGCUAGCCAGCUAACGCUAGGCUCUGUGUUUUUAGUUUGGUAAAUAAAUAGCUACAUAAAUAGAUAAGCUAGCCUAUUAGCCACAUUAUGACUGACUUGUGAUCAUUGCACUUGCUAGUUUCAUUGUAUUAACAUUCCCAGCCUUAGUUAGAUUUGUCAGUUUUUGUCCAAAAUUGAGUUUUAAAACUGAAACAGCGCAUCCCGAAUGCCUGAAGGAAGCAAACAAUGUACUGUACCAGGCCAGUUGUGAUUUACAACCUGAUAGCAAUAUUUGUUGGACUACCAAGAAAUGUAUGGUGAAUUAUAUUAACCAUGCAUUGAACUGCAUCCAUCUAUUCUUCCAACAAUGCCUUCUCUACGUCAUUUAAUUUUGAGUAAAAUAGAACCUAUUUUUAAAACCUCUUCUAAAGUUGGUUUUGUAGCAUAAACUGGGAAAAAUACUAUGAUUCUGUUUGUUUCAUAUCUGCAAAGUAGUUCAAACAACUGUCAGUUCCACUUUAAUGUAUAUCCUCAGAGAUGCUCAUAAUAGUUACAGGGGCCCACUCAAUAUUCUUGGCCCCCAAGUUCUUUAACCACAAAUGUAUGCAAUACACUGAGUGGCCGUAGGGUGAUGUAGCACUAUGCGACAUUAAAUCAUGAAAUGUGUAGCAGCUCAUGCCAGGCGCUCACACUUUUGAUUUCACUGUGAGUAAGGACUGCCCCCCAUUUCCGGUGAGGGCGUUGCUGGUUAAAACAAGUUAACAAAAAAGUUUCCCUAAUGUUGUGCCGGAGCUGGUUCUAGUGGUAGUGCUGCUGCCACACAUGGCCCCUGGAGUCCCUCUCCUCUACAUCCCCAUCUCAAUGACCACUGCAUCUGUCAAUUAAAAACUACAAAAAACAUACAAUUUUCCAAAAUGUAAUUUUUUAUUUUUCCUCCACAGGGAUGUCCUGA